AAGAUGUGGCCCAAACUUUCCCACAUGAUCGGACAGUUGGACUGGAGAUUCCAGAUCUAACGCUAUACCGCCAUCCUCUCGCCGAAUCUGUUGAGAAAAAAAAAGCACAAUGUCAACUCAAUUCAAGAGCGGACCUGCGUUCGGACUGUCUGCGGAGGUCAAGAGUAAGCUGGCCCACAAGUAUGACCCACAAAAAGAGGAGGAGCUGAGAAUGUGGAUCAGUGAGGUCACAGGCCGCAAACUUCCCGAGAACUUCAUGGAGGGACUGAAAGAUGGAGUUGUCCUCUGCGAGCUUAUCAACAUCCUUCAGCCCGGUUCUGUAAGAAAGAUCAACAACUCUCCUCAAAACUGGCAUCAGCUGGAAAAUAUUGGUAAUUUUGUCCGAGCCAUUCAAGAGUAUGGACUGAAGCCACAUGAUAUAUUUGAGGCCAACGACCUGUUUGAGAAUGUCAACCACACGCAGGUCCAGAGCACACUUAUUACACUGGCUGGCAUGGCGAAAUCUAAAGGCUUCCAUUGUAAAUAUGACAUGGGAGUGAAAUACGCAGAGAAACAGCAGCGCAGAUUUGCUCCUGAGAAACUAAAGGAGGGACGAAACAUUAUUGGUCUGCAGAUGGGCACCAAUAAGUUUGCCAGUCAAAAGGGCAUGACAUCUUACGGCACACGGCGUCACCUCUACGACCCUAAGACGGGUAUGGAAAAUCCUCUGGACCAAUCAACAAUCAGCCUGCAGAUGGGCACCAACAAAGGAGCCAGUCAGGCUGGCAUGACGGCCCCGGGCACCAAACGCCAGAUCUUCGAUAAGAAGCUGGACAUGGAGAUGUGCGACACCUCUACCGUCUCACUGCAGAUGGGCACCAACAAGGUGGCGUCCCAGACCGGCAUGACAGUGUACGGUCUGCCGCGUCAGGUGUACGACAGCAAGUACUGCUCCACCCCGAAUGACUACAUCAACAACGGCCAGGACUCAGAGAUGGACGGAUAUCAGUAUUCCGACUAGGAUGAACAGACAGCUGCCAGCACGCUGCUUUUUUAAACAUUCACCUGCACUAUUUUUGAUAUUCCAAAAUGUCGACCAGUAGGACCAGCUUGACUUCUGACAUCACAGCCACCGAUCAAAGCUGAGACCUUCAGUGACUGACCGUGCGUAGAAAACAAAAUUAGGAGGAAUUUCUUCGCUUUUUUUGUUUUUAAAACACAGGCUUUUUCCAGCUUCUCACUUGUCUUUUUUUUUUCAGAUUUAUUUUAUUACUUUUUUUAAGUGUGCCAUUCUUCCAUCACCUGCAUGGCCAAAUUUUCUUUAUAUAUUUGAAAAAAAUAAUGCAGAUUAUAAAUAUGGAGAUAUUAUUUAUGAUGCCUCAGAGUUACAUAUGCGCUACCAGUCAAAAGAUUGGAAUCAUUAAGAUUUCUGUAUGGUUCUGAAAGAAGUCUCUUCUGCUCCCCAAGGCUGCAUAUAUUUGAUGAAAAAUACAGUAAAAACAGUAAUAUUGUGAAAUAUUAUUACAGUUUUCUUUUUUAAAAUGUAAUUUAUAUCCUGUGAUCAAAGCUGAAUUUUCAGCAUCAUUACUCCAGUCUUCAGUGUCACAUGAUCCUUCAGAAAUCAUUAUAAUACGAUGAUUAUGCUGAUCUUAUUUCACAAUAUUACUGUGUUUGAUGUAUUUUUGAGCACAAUAUUUUAAAAUGUUUCAUGAUGCUCUUUUGAUUGGAUAGAGGAAGAGGAAAUCCUCCAAAGAUGCCAUACUACUGCUUAAUCAGAUCAGUUUCCUAAAGAAACAGAAUAGAAUAGAAUAGAAUAAAUAGAGCUUUAUUGUUGAAAAACCCACACAAACUACUGCAUCUUCUGCAAAUAAUGUCAUUUAAAUAAUGCUUAUUUAGCAUAGUUGUUUGAAAAGGUGCAAACUGAACAUUUUCAUAUUUUUAGUGAAUUUAUCUUUACUUCAUAAGGCGAUUUAAACAAGUAGGACAGGUUCUGGAACAGCAUCCCAAUUUAACAACCACAGGAAAGACAAAAAAUGCUGGGUUGUUUCAACCCAUGGGUCCAUAUUUGACCCAAACAUGGGUUUGAAACAACCCAGCAUUUUUAGAGUUAACCCAAACCAAUAGUUACCCUUUAAAUCGGAGGUUGGUAAUACCAUACCCUGCUCCAACAGACCUGCCUGUAGUUUUCAAGUAAUUCUGAAUGUGUUAAUUUGCUGGUAAUGGAAUUGCAGGAGCAUGGCUCUUCAGGAGUUUCAAAGCCUUGCCCUAAACCAGGGGUGUCCAGUCCACUGUCCUGCAGAGUUCAGCUCCAACCCCAAUUAAACACACCUGAACCAGCUAAUCAAGCUCUUACUAGGCAUACUAGAAACUUCCAGGCAGGUGUGUUGAGGCAAGUUGGAGCCAAACUCCAACUGGAGAGUGGCCCUCCAGGACCGAGUUUGGACACCCCUGCCCUAAACGCAGAUUCAUUGACAAGAACGUUAUUAAGGGACUAACAUGGAUGCUGAUCCAGGAGCAUGUCUUGCUAAGGUAACCACAUUAAGCUUCUUGAUUCAUAGUUAUCACUGCUAAGAAAAUGAGAAAACCAAAACAGUCAGAGAGGAAACUUGCUUUAAUCUUGAAGUACACCUAGCUAUUAUAAUUGGAAAUUAUCCCCAGUUUCACAGACAAGGCUUAAAGGGAUAGUUCACCCAAAAGUGAAAAUUAUCCUAUGAUUAACUCACCCUCAAGCCAUCCUAGGUGUAUACGACAUUCUUCUUUCAGACGAACACAAUCGGAAAGAUAUUAAAAAAAACAUCUUGGCUCUUCCAAGCUUUAUAAUGGUAGUGAACGGGGGGCGUGUUUUGAAGCCCCCCCCCAAAAAAAUGCAUUUAUCUGUCAUAAUAAAUAUAAUCCAUAUGGCUCCAGAGGGUUAAUAAAGGCCUUCUGAAGCGAAGCGAUGCAUUUUUGUAAGAAAAAUAUCCAUAUUUAAAACUUUAUAAAGUAAAAAAAACUAGCUUCUGACAGACGGCCGUCUGAAGAGUGACCUCUGACCCGACGCAUGACGUAAUGACGAACACCGGAGCACAGAACAUAGAGCAAAACAAGCCACUGGUCACGAAUUAGAAGACUAAAAUGAGAAUUUUUAAAGAGAAAUGUCACAAGAUUUCUAUAUAAAGAGAAGAGGAGCUAAGAGAAGCUAGCAUUUAUACUUAAAGUUAAAAUAUGGAUAAUUUUCUUACAAAAACCCAUCGCUUCGCUUCGCUUUGGAAGGACUUUAUUAACCCCCUGGAGCUGUGUGGAUUAUUUUUAUGAUGGAUGGAUGCACUUUUUUGGGCUUGAAAAUCGCUACCUACCAUUAUAAAGCUUGGAAGAGCCAGGAUAUUUUUAAAUAUAUCUCAGAUUGUGUUCGUCUAAAGAAAAGUGUCAUAUACACCAAGGAUGGCUUGAGGGUGAGUAAAUCUUGGGAUAAUUUUACUUUUUUGGUGAACUAUCCCUUUAAGCCUAGUCCCAAACUAAAAUGCAUGUUUGAGCUGUUUUAACUGAAAGCAACUUGCGCUAACAUAUCUUAAAAUAUCAGUGCCAUUGUUUUGUCUCAAGAUGUACACCAGCAAUGUUUUUUGUCUAAGACACAUUUAUAAAGGCUACAUAAAUGUCUUAAUUGAACGAAGGUCUAAUCCCGGGUUAAUCUAAGCCCUGUCUGUGAAACCAGGCCUUCAUGUAUUAAGUGAAUGAAAUGAGAAGUACGUGUCUUUCAUAGUGCAGAAUAGCAUUUCACCAAACUAAAGAUUGAAAGUAGUUUAUCUCUAUUAUAUAAUUAAAAAUAAGUAAUUGUUUAGAUGUUUUAAUAAUUAAGCUAGUAUAAUGACUGUUUAUUGGGAGGAUUUGGGGCAAAAAAUAUUUCUGAACAUUUUUUUUUUAUUCAGUUCAUCCUUUACAAAAGUAAAAUGGACAAAGUGAAUGGACAAAUAUAGAACAAACUACUGUUAAAGAGGGCUGUUGAAAAGCAGAUUUUGAUUUUACCAAAGCAUACUGUGAAAAAUCAUGUGAACCAAAUGAACCAGAAAUUGCACUUUUAAGAGGAACGACUGUCACUCCCAAAGGCUAUAUACUCUCAUGAGAAAUUAUUCAAUAAACUUGCAUAUAUGUAAGCGUGACUGUUCUUCAGCCUGUCAAACCUGACCAAUCAUGUGAGAGGAAAUAUAAUUAUGCAAAAGUAACUCAGACAAAAUUGGUGAUUUAUGAGAUGUUUAUGAGACCUUUCUAUAGGAAAUAACAGGUUCAGUGUGCAGAGUUAAUAUAUUUAGCUUAUAUGCGACUACAAAUUGUUUAGACAUGACUAUAUUUCUCCCUCAUGAAAUUAUUAAACAUAUUACAGACUUUUAGAUUUCAUUUAUAUAUCAAGGUAUUGUGUGUGUUAAGGAAUGUGUCAUUGUUUUGCAUUGCUGCUGGGAACAGCAGAACACAAGAUGAUCAUAAAACAGUGAAUCUUACUUUUGUUUCUCACAGGAAAUGAUAUAGCGUGUCCCUCUUGCAUCAAUGCUUCAAAUGUCUUUAUUUAUAGGAGGCUUACCAACAAAGACUGAGCAAGUGAAAAACUAAUAAAUCACUAUUUUCAAA